AAUAAUUCAUAUUAUAUGAUAUUUCUGUUUUUUAUUAUGCGCAGUUUUUCUGAACUGUAAUAUGAUUUUUUUUUAAAUUUUACUCAUCUUUGUUUUAUUUUAUUUCAGACGGGACCUGGGCUGCAGGAGCCCCUGUGCCUCUGUCAGACACCGCCAGCUGUCAUUCAGCCUGUGUUGUAGUUUGUGAUGGAGCAGGCCUGAUCCAGCAGCCUAUAACAGACCUGCAUGUGUCCACCUACAGCUCGGCGCUGGCUGCCACACUGCGGCGGGCUGGCGGGCUGACAAUGACUUGAAUGCUGAUUAUUGUGAAGAUCGACAAAGGACACAAGGAAAGGAGGAGAUGAACCGUUUCCUGAGAGCUGGGGAGAAUGGAGGGCUGCUGACGGACUGCAGGGAGCUGUCACCCAACCACACCGCCUCCUCCGCCUCCUCCUCUUCCACCACCACCUCUUCCUCCUCCUCCUCCUCCAUCUCCAUCACCUCCUCCUCCUCCUCCGCCUCCUCCUCCUCCAGCGCCGCUGGCUCAGCCGACAGACACGCGGCCCUGCCCUCGCUCCAGACCCGGGGACCUGUCGGCGGUGGCGGCAGCGGCGGGUCGGAGCCGAGGAGAUCCGCGCUUAAACGCAGCCGAGCCGGCCGGGAGGGACGAGAGGAACCGGAGGCGGCGGCGGCGGAUCACUCAGCGGCUGCCGUCGCGGUGCGCGGCGGCGGCGAGGUGUGCGUCGGGGUCGGUAAGCAGCAGCAGCAGCAGCAGCAGCAGCAGCGUCGGGAGGCUCAAGGACGCAGCGUCGGUGGAGAAGGUCUGGAGAUGAUUUCAACGGUCAGCAGAGACGCGGACGGCGGAGGGAGCGGCAACAGUAACAACAACAACAACGGCGUCUCCGAAGUGACCACGGCCUCUCCUGCGACAUGCGCCAAAGGCAAGGAGGAGAGGAAGGGGAAGAACGUGAUCCGGGGCUGGAAGAGGGACAGAGACAGGGACAGGGACAGGGACGCCGCCGCUCCAGCCGCCGCUCCUCCUGCCCGGACGAGGAAGGAGAAGCCCGGCGAUGGCUCGUCUCCUCCUCCCUCCGUUUUCCUCCCGUCGUCCGCCCUGUCCGAGCAUCAUCUGUGCCGCGACGGCCCCGGACACUGCCACUGCGCCGCGCCGGACUCCAGGAUCACGGGAGAUAACGGCAACAUUAACAACGUAAACAAUAACAAUAGCGGGAGUAACGGCGGCGGCGGCGCUGCCAGCAAAACCGCGCUGGAUUGUGGAGUUAAAAGCGGCGGCGGCGGCGGCGCUAUUGUUGUCAGGCGGCAGCAUGACGACACGCCGGCGGCCAAGAAACACAGAGGAGCCGAGAAGGUGGACCCCAUGUUCACGGUGCCAGCUCCCCCUGCUCCAGGCCACCCCGGGGCCCCCGGAUCCUCUCUGCCCUCGGCCCCUUCCUUCUCCCCUCCGGCCCUGCCCACCUCCAACCUGAAGCAGCUGGCGGUGAGGACGAGGUCAAUAGGCACCAACACCCAGGAUGGCGGCGUCUCAGGAGCACUGGAGGGCGACUCGGCCUGUCUGGGACCCUGCCAGCCCGGGACCAGCGUCAACCUGGAGGGCAUCGUGUGGCACGAGACUGAGGAAGGUGUGCUGGUGGUGAACGUGACGUGGAGGAAGAGGACCUACGUGGGGACUCUGUUAGACUGCACCAAACACGACUGGGCUCCUCCAAGGUUUUGUGAGUCUCCCUCCAGUGACCCUGAGUUGCCAGGUGGGCGUGGCCGGGGCAAGCGGAUGCGAAUGGCCAUGGCCGAGCGGCCCUGCGUUGAGCCGGCCCCUGCUACCAAAGUCAGGGGUCUGUCCCAGCACAGGAGCCGUGGAGGUGGUGUGGCUGGAGCCACCGCACCCAUCCACAGCAAAGGACGGAGAGGAAGCUUAAACCUCAUCAACAGCAACUGCCGAACACCUCCUUCUUUCUUCACUGUGGAGGAGGUGAAACCUGCCAACAGCACCUCCUCUCUGUCCUCCGGGAAGCGAAAGAACAAACCGCCAGCUGACCUGGACCUCAGCCUGGUCUCCUCUGAUGACAUCAAAAACGGGAAUGGGAAGAGGAUCCGGGCCAAAUCCCGCAGUGCCCCAUCCACGCCACAGGGCAAAUCAGACCCCUCGUUCAUGGACCCUGGAGGAGGUUGUGCCUCCUCACCACCUCCCCCACCCAUCCUCAUCGACUGCCCCCACCCCAACUGCACUAAACGCUACAAGCACAUCAACGGCCUGCGCUACCACCAGACUCAUGCACACCUGGAAGCUGAGGAGCAGCGGAAGCCGGAGCUGGAGCCCCUGAAGGACGGAGAGAGUGAGGAACGACUAUCAGACUGUGAGGACACCAUCAGCAACAUGACAUAUGACCUCUCAGAGACAAACAGCACUAAUGCCAACAGCUCCUCCAAGAAACCUGCUCCCUUAUAUAAGGUGACCACGGUGGGGUCUCCUAAAAACAGACGGCUACUCCUCAGUACUGACCACAGCCCCUCAGCCAACCCCAAGACCAGAAGAACCUCACUGCUGAAAGAUGGACUGAUUGAUGACCUCAGCAAUCUGCCCAUCAUCUCCAACAUGACCGUGGUUCUGGAGAACUGCAUGGUCCCAGACAGGAAUUCCACGGUCGAGAUGCCCAAGCUGGAAGCUGAAGGCUUGAUCGACAAAAAGGGAGGUGCAUGUGACAAGGGCAAGAAGGCCAACGGGAAGGUGGAGAAGCUGUCCAAGUCACGGACCAACCGGCCGAUCGCUCCGGCCCCUGCUCCCCCCAAGCUGAUCGCCAUUCCCAACACGGGGUAUCCGACCGGCACAGCAGAUACUGCCGCCUCACAGCAGCCCUCACCCAUGGCAGCCGUCGGCCUCACCAGUAAAAACCUUCCCCUGAAACCCAUCAAACCAAAGCUGAGCAUCGUUGUGGAACCGAGCCUUGUCAAAGCCACCCUGGUCACCUGCAGCAAAGAGACCAGGAAGAAGGAGAAACGGAGGCUGAAGGACAAACACAACAAAGAUGCGCAAACCAGGACGCCUAAUGGUGACAGCAGCGGAAUCAAAAUGGAAGAUGGUUGUGGUUCCAAAAUUGGUGUCAAGGAGAUUUCUGGAAGCCUCCUGAAGGAGCACCUCAGUAAGCAGGAUGUAAUGAACGGACUCACGGAGAGCCAGGAGAGCAGGAUGGCCAGCAUCCGAGCUGAGGCUGAUAAGGUGUACACCUUCACCGACAACGCCCCCAGUCCAUCCAUUGGUGGCUCAUCGCGGCUUGACUCUGCUGGUAGUUGCCUGGCAGCAGACAGUAAGAACAACAGCCCUGCCUACUCUGACAUCUCAGAUGCCGGGGACGACGGGGGAUCUUCCGAAUGCCGCUCGGAUGGAAUCAGAUCCAAGUCCGCCUCUUCGGUCUCUUCGGAGGUGAGCUCCAACGGUAACCAUGGUAACUCUGGUAAAACCCCGUCCGCAGCAUCCGCCCCACCAUCAAAAGACCCCCAAUCCCCAUACUACCACAGCUAUGAGCCCUACUACCUGCAGGGGUACAUGCAGUCGGACAGGUCAAACAGCAGCAGCGUUGCUUUCCACAAAAGCUCGGCCCUCGAUGGCAAAGGGAAGGACAGAAAGGAAGACGUGAAAGAGGAUGACAAAAGCUCUUCCCAUGAGUUUUCAGACUCAAAGAAAGGCGACGGGCCACCUCAGUCUCAGCUCCAGCUCGCUAUGAGUCAGACCCAGACCGCCUUGGCCCAGUCGCUGUAUUACGGCCAGUACUCCAGAGGACUGUACAUGGACCAGAAACUGUUACUGGCCUCCAAAUGCUGUGAUCAGACACACGGUGCCAAGCAGAGGGGCGAGAGGGGACAGGGGGUGAGAGACAGUGAGGACGAUAAACACAUGGUUGGGGGUUCAACCGGUGGAUCCAUGCUAGGUAAAGGUCCAGACGGUGCUAAAGGUUGCUGUCCCAAACCUGUCCUGUCCUACGUGGAGUUGAGUGAGAGGGGAGAAAGGGGACAGGGUCUGGGCGUAAAGGCGGUGCACGGUGGCAUGGUGGACCAGCACCAGGUCUCGAUGAAAGACUGCGACGACAUCAAGUCACCUUCCUCUUCCUCUUCUUCAUCACUCCACAACCCAAACAGUCAGACAGAUCUGGACUCAAAUGUUUCCUAUUCCAGUCCCUCAGACGGCCCGGCCUGGGCUCACUGCCUCGCUCACAGCAAAUACUCAGAGCUACAACACGGAGAGGAGGCCGAGGAGGGUGAAGCAGACAGGGGGAAAGAAUGGGGAGCUACCGUGGAGCCUGCCGGGGCCAAGAUGACCUCAGGAGGAGGUGGAGGAGUGGGCGGAGACGCUAAAAAAGCCAGGGUCCACGAUCUCCCACCCACCAUCGACAUGGAGGAUUCAGACAGGCUGGAUGGGCUGGAUGAUCAAGGCCAGGAGCCAAUGGGAGGGCUGGCUGAGGAGUCCCAGAAUGCCCGGGCGGCAGUGUCUCCUCCCAUGACCCCCCAGCAGCCCUACAUCCAGUACCAGCACUCCUCCUACCCACCUUACCUGGCAAUGUGUGAGAGCGGCGGGGGCUCCUACAGAGGGGUGUCCCCAACCCUGGUGCACAACUACCCAGGUUUCCACUACCCUCUGUACGGUAAGACGGCGGGCAGGGAGGAGUCAGAGGUGACUCCACCUGGCAGAGGAGGAGCGGUGAGCGGCAAACAGAGCGGCGACUCGUCCUCGUCCUCGGCCAUGGAGCUGCUGCAGCAGCAGAGCCAUCAGUACCAUGGAAAAUCACCUGCUCCCGGCGAGAAGGGUUCCCCCGAGGGAGAAAGAGAGACAGAGCGAGAGAGGAACCACGUGUCAUUCGCCCGACACCUCCACACACACCAUCAUACACACCUGGGUAUGAGCUACAACCUGAUGUCAGGACAGUACGACAUCUACCAAGGGUUGAGCUCCAGGUCGCUGGUCUCCAGUCAGCAGGUGUCAGGACACUCCUCCACUGAGAGCGAAGGGAAGAAGUAGGACCAUGUGACCACGUCUCACAUGAGGAACGGCAGAUUUAUCAGACAUCAAUUCCAUGGUGUUUAAUAAGCUUCGCCUCGCUGAGAGGCAGAGAACUUAAAUUAAAAAAAAAAAAACCUCUUUCAUUUCUUACUAAUGAAACCACCUGUUUUAUAACACGUCAUCGAGGAACAGACGGAGGGACGGGAAGCAGGAUCAGGACCUCUGUACAGAUCCAGAUCACUGACUUUUGAAGCUUUCAGUUUUGCAGGAUUUUGACAAAAGCAAGCGGCGCGUACGAAACUCAACAUCCCAGAGCGCCGUGCAUCAGCCCGGCUGCAGCUGAGGCGUUCAACUUUAUAAAAUGCACAUUUAUUGUAGUGUAUUAUGAUGAUGAUGAUAUGACUGAAUGUACUGAAGAUGACUUACAUUAUCCCAAUAGUGUUGAUGGUUUUUUAUUUUAAAAACUCCUAUUGGGAAACAGCAUUAGGAAGCUAAAAAGUCUAUUACUAUCCUUAUUAUUCUCAUUCUGAUUAUUGAAGUGGUCCUCCUCCCUCCAUAGUGCUGACGCUACAUUUGUAUUACUAACCUGUACUUGAGCGUAACCAUGUUGAUUGUAUUGUCUUUAUGUGAGAGUAAACCUUCACAUCGACCUGCCCAGUGCCAUGUAGGAACCCAGUGGUGUAUAUAUUCUGUACAGAUUCAUGGCAGAGCACUAACAUGCUUUAUCGUACUCUAUGUUGAUCUCCAUCAGCGAUGCAGGGGAGCAGCGGGCGGAGCGGGGACAACCAGCAGGAACACAGCCACAGUUUCUUUAUUAGCUGAGUGCAGCUCAAGUGAGUCAUUUAGUGACUGUUAGUCCCAGUUUGAGCCUCAUGGAAUCAGUUUUCUCUCAGUUAACUGUUGAUUCAUGUGACCAUCUCCACACCUGACAGAGCUGUGGUUAAGGUUUGGUUGGUUUUAGGCCACAGAUUGUGGAAAAGAAUUGGACGUAGCCUCCGUAGAAAAGUGAAGCCAACUCAGAAGUGCCUUAAACCUGCAGUCUUUCUAAUGGCCAGCAGGGGGCGACUCUACUGGUUUCAAAAAGAAGUCCGACUGUAUAGAAGUUAAUGAGAAAAUGACUCUACUGCUCACUUGCUCUCAGUGAACAUUUUCCUAAUUAGUUUAAGGUCUCAAGUCUUCAAUAAAACAUGAUGUUCAUUUUGCAAAUUAUGGUCCCAUUUAAAAUGAUACAGAGCCAUUUAAAUGAUGCUGAAGGGCGUGGCUACCCUGUGGUUGAUGGUUCACUACCAUGGGGACCUGUCAAUCAAGAUAGAGGUGCAAUGCGUAGCCUCUGCAGCUCCACCCUCUCAUCUAGUUAUUGGUCGCUUCUGGCUCCAAAAAAAAAACCAAGAUUGCACGGCCAAAAUGCCAAAUUCGAGAUGGGUACAACCUGGUCUCAGUCCCAAUUCAUCCGAUACCAACGCUUGGUCAGUGGCCCUUGUCUUCAGAUACAGAUGCACCGAUGCAUCCUUUUAGUAUCGGUGUGAGACGCACCAGGUUUCAGCUUUUUUUGACACUCUGAGCAACUGCCACAGUCUACUUAGAAGAGGUGGGACAGAAAUGGGUCUAACAAGCUCUGGACUUUCGUCCAAGAGACUGCUGUUCAUGUCCCAUGUGAAACCAAAAGUCAAUCGUGUUAGUUUAUUAACAAUGUAGUGUGCUAGUAUUUGUAGCAUACUAUGCUAGUGACAUAUGUCACGUGAUGUGACAUUACGUUAAUAACAAACGUACUUAUUUUAAACCAAACAGUGAUGUUUUUUUUAAGCCUAUGCGCCGGCCAUGACCGUGUCUGUCUGUGGCAUCCUUGUGAACAUGAUAUCUCAAGAACACGUCAAGGGAAUUUCUUUAAAUUUGGCUCAAAUGUCCACUUGGACUCCACAAUAAACUGAUUGGAUUUCGGUGGUCAAAGGUCAACUUCACUGUGACAUCAUAAUGUUCUGCAUAAAACACUUUUCUGGCCAUUACUCAGCGUCAUAUCUCAGGAACAGAAGUGGAGACAUUUGGUCAGAUACUGAAUUGGUGACACUGAUCUUGAAACUGUGCUCAUUAUACAGAUAUUCUGUGUGUGAAGCAUCCAUGUUUUCAUACCCACCCACAUUUUUUGCACUACCUAAACCUAAAGGAAGUAAAUCUGAAAACAAAGUCUUUUUACUAGCAUCGUAAGCUUAUUUUGAAAGAGACUGUUUGCAUAUAACAAACAUAAACUGAAUAUUUCCUGUGAAAACAAAGUUCAUUUUGAAAAGACAGAAUACAUGUGACGCAAUGAGCGUCCAAAACUGACGCUGGGAGGGUACCUAGAGUGUCAUAGUUGGACGUGUAGGGCCACAGACCUAGCGUCGGUAUUUGACGAGUUGGGGGUGAGAAUGAGUUGAAGGCUGCGUCCGCUUCUUUUACAGUCUGUGCUACUAAAAGCUACUUGGUUAAUGUCAGAGAACUUUGUUUUCAUUUAGCAAAACCAUAGGGUCCAUUUAGUAGCUCUGGAACUUUCAAUCACAUAAUGCCAUGACUUUGUAGUUGGACCAUGAGGCCCAAUCAGAAGAUCCACUUUCAAUCUCAACUUAAAAAGAGCUUAAAAUUGAUGAAUGGCUUGAUGAGUUUUCACUAAAACAUUUUUAUUAUUUGACUUGAAUAUAAUCAACAAUCAUCAGCCGACAUCUGUGAUGUAAAUAUGAUGCUUUAAUCAAAGGUACAACCUGCGGCUAGGUGAAUGAAUAAGAGUGCCAGUUAUACUUUAAGUUGCGGCACUGCUGAAGGACAUUUUCGGUAUUAACAUGAGUUUUUGCUUAUAUUCUACAUCCAUAUCUUUACUAUUACCUCUACAGGUGGCUCUGUACUCAAAACUAAAUGGAAUUUGGUUUGUUUGCUGACAUCGAAAAGUGAGUUCAUGACCAAAAAUAAGCUUUUAUCAGUAAACGAAAAAUCAAUUUAAACAUUUAUGUCUUGUUGUGUAUAAAGACAUUUGCUUGCAUCAACAGCAGUUUGAGAACAUGCUGAAUUCAGUUUUGAGUAGAGAGCAACAGCUCCAAAAACUCAGACAACAGAAAAGUAGAAAGUAUCAGUCAUCCACAGUAGAGCGAUAGAAAACACUGAUCUUGUCCUUUAAGUAAAAUGCCGACUUUUUCACUGUCAUGUUUGCUCAUUCUGUCAGGAGUCCCACAAUCCUUUGCUCCGCCCCUGCUCCCAUGCUCCUCUACAAGCUGACUAGCUCACUGCAGAGCCUCUGAUAGACAGAAGGUUUGAUUAUUGGUGCCAAAACUGCCGCCACAUCUCAAGACUGUUUCUGGAUCCAUUGACCAGGCCUGUGACGUUCAGACCAGUGUUGUGCCAGAUCAUUCUGGCUACCUGUGAUUGGCCUGUGGUGGAAUUCUUUCCGAUUCAGUUGUUUUCUCCUGCUGCAACAACAAAGCUCCUCUAUCUGACGUUGGCAUAGUUACUUGUAGCAUCCAGCUGCAACCCCCCAACAAAUGUUGGUACUGUAUGUUUCUGCAAACCACAGAUAUGUUAGAUUUGUACAUUACAAUUUGUUAAAACUUUAUGAUUAAACAACAGCAAUGUGGUUAGGCAUGAAAAACACUUGGUCAUGUUUAGGGAAAGAUCACAUUUGGGCUCAAGAUACCUUGUUUUAAUGGAAAUGCAGCAAUUUCUUUGUUAAAAAAACAACCACUUUUGUUUCUUGGCCUCAAACAGUGGUCUGCAGCUUGGCAGACAUCUCACCUAGGUGUCAGUACAUCCACCGUCCCCUCCACCUCCUGAUCACAAAGACAGCUUAUAUUUAUCACUUUAGAAACGUUGACAUGGUUUGCAGAGACGCACCAUGCCAACAUUUUCUUGUGGUGACUGGGCUGCCAGCUGAAAUUAUAUCUGCACUUCUGCUCCUAAUACUUUCUGUUGGGAGCCAUAAUUGCAGUAUUCUUGAACUAAUCAUUUUACCUCGGCAUACCAUCACAGUUUAGCUCAUAUCUAAUCACGGCUCGUGCUAAGCAAGCAGAGAUAGCAGGAGGAGAGCAGCUCACAGAGACUGUCCCUCAGCGCUGCGUUGAACAGCAUCAUGCACAGAUUUUAAUUCUGUGAGAAACGCUGAAUGCUCAUAAUUAUAAGCUCUUAAUCUAAGACAGCAUCACAACUUCUUUUACCUAAAAAUAUCACAAAAUGCUGUUUUAAGAUUAGCUGCUGUGAAAUCAGGCCGCAAAAUCCUGGAGGUACUGCUAAGAGUAAGAGAUGAUUGGUUUGAUGUGAGAUUUGUUAAUAUCGGGCCACAGUGGAUCCAAAAUGGAGAUGACAACGUUCCUCUGUUUUAAAACUAGAGGCCGGCCACCUUCACUGAUAUUAAAACUGCCUCUGCUGAUAAUCAUAGAGAAGAAGAAGAGGCAGGGUGCUAUUUUACACAGAUAAAGCCAUGUGUUCAAUGAGUGAGGCUUUUCUUUCAAGCAUCAUCUUAUAACUGCAACCUCAUUAUAUUUUUUUCUUCUGUGAUAUCCCCUCUGUAGCUGAAGUAUCAACAAAGCUGUGUCAAAUUGGCUGCAAACAUUCAAAUAUAAUUCAAUAUGAACACAAAUGCAACAGGAUCAGCUAAUGUAAAGGACUCCAGUUAAAAACAAACUGCAGAUUUAGGCUUGAUUUAAUUUGUAUCAUUGUGACGACAUGGCUGGCAUUAGAGGAAACCACAUUUACCCAUUCUUCCCAUCCUGCUACCUUAACUCAAUGCAGCAUAACACGAUGCUCACACUGUGUGAGCACAAGUUAAGUAAACUGGGACCUGGUCUAUCAGCGGCUCUGCCUCCCUCACACAACACCUUACCUGCAUAGUAUCAGUGAUCAUUCUAUUACUUGAAUAUAGUGCUAUGAACUCUGUUUACAAAAUGCUGUCAUCUUUUGGGAGACACAGUGUUGUCUUAUAAAGGCUGCUUGGUAUAUGUUCAGUUCAUCCACCCGGUGUAUCCAGUUAAUAACACACUGAAAUCGUAUAAACAUGGAACCUGCUGUUGCUUUUUUAUACUGUAUAUGCCUUAAUUCAUAUGUUUGGCAAUCAUGAUUAAAGGAU